CUCAUGAAUUUACACAACGUAGAAUAUUAUAAAUAAAAAUAAUUAUCCUUCAAGUGAGUGCUAUGCAAAUAAUGUUUUUCCGUUCAGUUGCGAUAGCUACGUUAAAGAGAGUUGUUGCAAUUAGCACAAAUAAUUUAAUACAGAAUAGAAAGACGUUGAUUAAUGUACUUCUUUAAAAUUAUUUAUAUCUUUCAAUUUUUACAUUUUUAAAUUUAUUUAAAAGAAAUUGUAUUGAAAAACGCAAUAAAAUUUGUUGAAUUUGCUUAUCUAUAAAGUCUUUAUAAAGAGUAAUUACAAUGGGGUGGAUUAAAAAGAUUAUUUGCUGGCUAGUAAUAAUUUUUAAUACGUGCAACAAGAUAGAAUGGUCAAAUGCAUCGCGUAAUGAAGAUCAUCUCUCGACUUACGAUCAAGUGUUAGAUAUAUUGAAGAUGUGUGUUCCGGACCGGCUAAACCCUCUUAUUGUAAGUAACGAUUUGAUUGAUUUAAUUUACCCAUCGUCAUGGGAGGGCGAUGAUUAUUCAACUACUAUCAUGCUGAUUGAUGAUUAUAUUAAAUCAAAUAAUAUUCAAUUAUACAAUCCGGCGUAUCCUACAUAUCUUAUAUCUGCUGAUUCAAUUGUGGAAUCCCGAUCGUUGCUGAGCAAUCUACAAUCUUCUUCUUGGUGGAACAUUAUUUCUCACUUUUUUGUGAUUGAAAAUCGUGAUAAUUCAUGUAAAGAUUCUUCAAAAGUUCUUCAAUCACUUUGGAAAGCUGAUUUACUCUCUUCAUUUUAUAUAUGUAACAAUUCAAACAACAAAACAAUGGUCUAUACCUUUAAUCCCUUCACAAGACGGGCUCCGAAUUCUUGGGAAGAAGUUGACACGAUCGACAAACCAAAUGACAGAUGGACUCUCUAUAAGCAGCCACUCAUAAACGACACAAGCAUUUGUCAGAACCUGACAUUUGACAAAACUAAAUUUUUGGACGGUUAUGCAGUAAAAGCAGUGGCAUCUCCCGAAAUAAAUAGAAACUCUACCCGAAAGAAUGUUAGCGAUGUAGAGAGCUUGGGUAAAUAUCUGCCGUACACUCAUUAUAUGUUUUUUGAGAGUUUAUUUUCCGCUUUAAAUGUCACACCGAUAAUUAGCUAUGACGAAAACGGGUAUUUCUUCAACGAUACUCCUGUGGGAUAUUUAAAAUCUUUAGUCAACGGCACGCAGGAUAUUGGUAUGAAUCAACGUUAUAUUGCAGAUGGCGCCUAUUCAUUUGUUGACACUAUUAAUAUAUAUAAGGAAAAUGGAUUUUUGAUACUGACUCAAAAGAGAGGUAUCACGAGGGUAUUUGAACACUUUUCUGGGUAUUUCGACCUCGAGAUCACAUUAUUUAUUAUAUUUGUGUUGUUUAUUACAUUUGUGGCAAUAAUAAGAAUUAAUAACCGACAGUACGGCUUAGGAUUUUUAGAUAUACUUAGUUUGCUUUUGAGCAGGAGUAUCUUGGUACCAUUAAACAAAUUAUAUAUACGCGUUAUUUUCAUUAUUACAACAAUUUUAAUUUUUAUUGUAACUCCGGGAUUGCAAGGAUAUCUAUUAAGUUUUGUAACGAAGCCAGAGAUUAAAAAUGUAGAGACGUUAGAAGACUUAUAUAACUUUAAAUACAAUAUAUAUGUGAAUUCCGUUGUUGAAAAAUACAUCCGAUCUCGGGGAUUAUGGGGAGUGUCAGAUGAUAAGUAUUUUCAUACUUCUUUAGACGCCAGGCAUAAGUGUCAUGAAAAAAUUAUCGAUGAUGACACAGUAGCUUGCUUAGCGUUGUAUCAUUUUCAAUUAAAAAUGGCUGUAGAGAAUAAAAAUCUAUACAUAUCAAAAAAAUUUCUUAUGAAAGCUUAUCUUUCUUUUUGGCUGCGCAAGAAUUGGGCGGUGAAGAAUAAAAUCGAUGAGAUAGCGUUGCGGUUGCAAGAAUCCGGUUUAAUAGAUCAUUGGGACAAACGGUCAUUCUAUUAUCCUUUCAAAAAAUUAAAAGAUAUUGAGGCGAAAGAAUCAUCCUUGGAAUAUCGUCUAUUAGAUUUUCAAGAUUUUGAAUUUAGCCUAUUUGUUUUUUCGAUAGGUUUGAUAUUCUGUACGAUUGUUUUUGGUAUCGAAAAUUUUGUUAAGAGGGUAAUACAAAAACGUAGACGCGCAAUGAGACGUGAAUCGCGAUUUGUUAAAUUACGACAGAGACUUCGGUAUCGUGAUGGAAAAAUUUUUAUUAUCAAUGAAUAUUUGUAAUUUACCGGAAAAUAUUAUCUUGCAUAUUAUUAUAUAGUCUGUAUUAGUGAGGUUCGAUGUAAAAAUUAAAAACGGAAUUAAUUAUUGUGAAAUUUUAUAAUAAUGUAUCGGUGUUUUAAGUUUAAAUAUAAUAUCAUUACACUUUAAUAAAUUGGGAGUGAAUUUAGAGUGAUGACAGAUUUUAUUUGGUAUCACGAAUGUUUGCCCGCAGACAUUAAAUCCGCGACUUUAUAAUAAUUUAUUUACUUUAUUUAGUCAUUUAAUUUUUUCAGUAACAUUGCAAGGGUGGGUGUAUUAACAUACUAUUGUAAUUACACACACACAAAACUUUUGAAAAAAGGGCACAUGACCGAUUUACAACGUCGCGGAUUUAACGUCUGCGGAUGAAAUGUUAGGGAACCUUUUAUUUAAAUCCGAAUUCACUCCGUCACUCGGAGUUUCGAAGGUUUUUAAAAACAAUCACUCUGCAUGCAAAGUAAAUAGGGAGUUGUUUUUUCAGUGGAGUGAUUUUGGAGUUAUUUGGAUUUUAUUUCAAUCCGCAUUUACUCCGAUUCGGAGUCUUAAUAUUAAAAUAAACUCCUUUAAAGGAGUGAAUUUCACUCCGAGGGGAUUAAUUAAAUAAACAGUCAUCCACUCUGGAUUCACUCCGGAUCUACUCCGUGUUCACUCCGCUAAUUUUUGAUAGAGUGUAGUAACUACAGCGUAUUCGUGCUACGCGAAAUUAGUGGAGAUUUGAGGACUUUUGAAUUUAUAAUAAUAUUGUUAAUUAAUGCGAAAUUUUUAAAUACCAAGCUCGAUUGUCAUAUUUUGCUGGUGUGUGUGUUUUAGGGUACCCUGUUUAGAAAAUCUCAUAGAAUCCAAUAGAUUCUCAUAAAUUCCCUUCGAGAUUUUAUGAGAAUGAAUGAGCUCUAUGACAGGCGCUAUAGUUAAGUAUGGGGCCUUAUACGUACAGCUAUAAGAAUCUAUCGGAUUUUUUAAGCAGGGUACCCGAGUCGAAAUAUUGAACUUAUAUAGAACUUACAUAAGCUUAAUGAACUUACAUCUAACUUAAAUAACUUAUUGGGCUUGAUUAUAACUUGAAUCGA